CUCGAGAGCUAUCUCCAGGAGCAGUGCGACCAGAAGUUUGCCGAUUGCAAUGCGAACCGGACGCUGUUGAAGCUGUGAGUGGCCUUGAUGUUGUGAAGUGCGGGCUUUUCCUGUUGUCUCGUGCUUUGUGCGAGAAUCGCCCUGUUUUGCUUUGCCUGUCCUGCUACUAUCUAUCUCUCCAUCUAUAUGAUGACCGUUUUUGUAAACGUUUCCUAUUACCUGAGACUGGGUCUAAACAGCCCAGUCACUUGAAGUCAACUUUAGUGGUGUCUGAAAAGAUGAAGAUACAGAACACUUUUGUUUAUUCAUUCUUGUCGCUUGUCAGCGCAUAAAAGUAUACAGCGAUGCUAAUCAAAACCCGCCCAAAAACUACAGCUACCAGCUCAACCCCGACCGCAUGAAGGAUGAGGUCGUCACCAACAUCCUCGUCAAGGCCAUGACCCAAUUCCCCUCGUCCCAGUUCACCCUCGCCCUCCACCUCAUCAACCCCUCCGCCGCCUCCACCGGCGAGCUCCACGAGGCAAUCACCAAGCUCCGAUCCCUCAACUCCCAGCUCCAGGGCGCCCAGUACGCCGACUUCUGGGCCGACCUCGACGGCGACGACCUGUGCGCCGACCUCAUCGCCGACAUCUCCGGCUUCGAGGACCUCGUCCGCGAGCGCAUCACCACCCUCGUCUCACACGCGUUUCGCGAAAUCAAGCUCUCACACAUGGUCUCAUGGCUCGGCUUCAAUGAGGACAAGACCCGCAAAUUCCUCACUGAGGUUGCUGGCUGGACUAUUGACGACGACGGCAACGUCAAGAUUCCUUCCAACCCUGACAACGAGGCCAAGAAGUCGGAGAUUCGCGAGGACGUUAAUGUCGAUCAGUUCGCGAGAGUGAUUAGACGGUCUUGGGAGGAAACUGUAUAAAUGCUGCCACACACACGGAGAGAGGGGGGAAGAAGUGAAGGGCGACAAACACGGAGAGAUAGAAGGCGUUGAUUAAACCAGUAUUUGCUUAUACAGGGAGCAGAGUGACAAAUGGAUAUGUCGACGGAACCCGUGAUGCGGAAUGAAAACAAAAAUCACUGGCAUUAUUGGUGCGGGGUCCCAAAAACUCAGGCGUUUAAUAGGAAAC